CCCCGCCGGCGCCCGCGCUCCCCUCGCGCAGACCGGAGGGCCCCAUGCUUCUGAGCGGAGCUCCUCCCGCGGGCUCCGGCCCCGGGCCGCGGGCGCAGGGUAGCGCGGGGGGCGGCCCCGGGGGGUCCCGCCGAGGGCCUGGAGGUGCGGCGGCCGGCCCGGGAGGGGGCGGCAGCGGCGGAGUAGCGAAGUGGCUGCGGGAGCAUCUGGGAUUCCGCGGGGGCGGCGGCGGAGGGGGCGCCAAGCCUGCACCCCCAGAGCCGGACUACCGGCCUCCAGCUCCCUGCCCUGCCGUGCCCCCGGCGCCGCCCCCGGACAUCCUGGCCGCCUACCGGCUGCAGCGCGAUCGCGACUUCGAAGAUCCCUACUCUGGGGGCCCGUCGGGCUCAGCAGCCCUGGCCACCCCCACAACCCCCGGCCCCACUCCGCCCCCGCGCCACGGCUCGCCCCCACACCGCCUGAUUCGGGUGGAGACCCCAGGGCCCCCAGCGCCCCCUCCUGAUGAGCGCAUCUCCGGACCCCCAGCCAGCAGCGACAGGUUGGCAAUCCUAGAAGAUUAUGCAGACCCAUUUGAUGUUCAGGAGAAUGGUGAAGGUUCAGUAGGAACUUCAGGAGCUCCAGAGAAGGUCCCUGAAAAUGAUGGCUACAUGGAACCCUAUGAGGCCCAAAAGAUGAUGGCUGAGAUCCGGGGUUCUAAGGAGACGGCAGUUCAGCCCCUACCUCUCUAUGAUACACCCUAUGAACCAGAGGAUGAAGGGGCCAGCCCGGAGGGUGAGGGAACCCCCUGGCCAAGGGAGUCCCGCCUGCCUGAGGAUGAUGAAAGGCCUCCAGAGGAGUAUGAUCAGCCUUGGGAGUGGAAGAAGGAACGGAUUUCCAAAGCCUUUGCAGUUGACAUAAAGGUCAUCAAAGACCUACCUUGGCCUCCGCCUGUGGGACAGCUGGACAGCAGCCCCUCCCUGCCUGACGGGGACAGGGACAUCUCCGGUCCAGCCUCACCCCUCCCUGAGCCCAGCCUGGAGGACAGCAGCGCCCAGUUUGAAGGAACCGAGAAGAGCUGCCUGUCACCUGGCCGGGAGGAGAAGGGGCGGCUACCUCCCCGGCUCUCUGCAGGGAACCCCAAGUCAGCCAAGCCCCUAGGCGUGGAGCCCAGCAGCCCCCUGGGGGAGUGGACAGAUCCAGCACUGCCUCUGGAAAACCAGGUCUGGUACCAUGGGGCCAUCAGCCGAACAGACGCCGAGAACCUGCUCCGGCUGUGCAAAGAAGCCAGCUACUUGGUGCGGAACAGUGAGACCAGCAAGAAUGACUUCUCUCUGUCCCUCAAGAGCAGUCAGGGCUUCAUGCACAUGAAGCUGUCCCGGACCAAGGAACACAAGUAUGUGUUGGGCCAGAACAGCCCACCCUUCAGCAGCGUCCCUGAAAUCGUGCACCACUAUGCCAGCCGCAAGCUGCCCAUUAAGGGGGCAGAACACAUGUCCCUGCUUUACCCUGUGGCCAUCCGGACUCUGUAGAUGUGAGACCAGGGUUCUAUGAUAGAACUGGACCCAGCCCCGUCACCUGGCUUGAGGGCUGUGAUUCUUACCAAGGACGUCAUGUCACAAACCUUUCUUCCCCUUGCCCUGGGAUCUAGUAGACGCUGGAGAUUGCUUAAUUUAUUAUAAAGGGGAGGGGAUUCUGGGCCCUUGGAGUAAAUGGGGCCAUCUGGAGAUGGAGAUAGAGGAAAGCCUGGGGAGAAAAUGGCCUCUGGAGGAAGUGGGUUCCAGAGCUGCUGGUCUCUGGUUUGAGAUGGGCAGCUCCAGCCUUUCGGACCCUAGGGCGGAGCGGGUGAGCUGUACCACCGCCCUCCAUAGUGGGUCCCUACGGGUGAGGCUGGUCGCAGCCCCCUUUCUUCAGCUCCAUCUCUCCAGGCCCAAAAAGAGGGCCUGCCCAGGGUCUGGUGCGUGGCUUGGGGGAGGCACCUCCACCACCUUGGGGUGAGCAGACAGGAAGGGCCUGGGCCCCAGGGAACUUGUGCAGGCUUGGGCAGCCCGGGCUCCGGGCCAGAGGCAAUAAAUAAAGCGGACCUUGCCAGCCA